GUGAGGUGUGAGUCAGGAUCCAUCAACUGAUAGUGAUACAAUACAACAACCAUUGACUUGAUUUGAGUAAUCUCUCCACCCGAAGAAUAACAGAACCUUGUGACCUACAUAACCUGAACCCCUCCGCCACGCACACAGAACAUUGUUACGAUCCGAUCGUGAAGGUUUCGUCAUCGUGGAUUCUGAUCCACAGUGCAACAAUUGCACCCGUCAUGCUUCGCAGAUCCCUCAUCAUCAUCCUACACUUGUCGUUGUUGUCGUUCGGAUAUGCGGAUCCCGCUCCCAAUUGCACUCGCCUCAGCUCCGUCGUCAAUUCGGAGUCGGAGUUCGAAAUGGUUCAACACCAACUCCGAGGAUCCCUGAAAAUCAGGGACGAUUGCUCCUUUAGGGUUUCCCAAUUCGACAUGCUUCCCGGUUCCGACGUCCACUGGUGGGGUGCGCAGGCUUCCGAUUUCGAUAACCUCACCGCCGGAUUCAUUGUUUCCAACUACGGAUUGAACGGAACCUACAACAACUCCACCUUCGAUGUGCAUUUGUUGAGCAAUGUUUCCUGGAGCAUGAUCAACGUCCUCGCCGUCUGGGAUCGUGCCACCGCCUCCGAUUUCGGCCACGUCGUGCUCCGCAAGGACGCCCCGGCGUCGCCUCCUCCUCCGACGGUGUUCGAGAAUUGCAAGGUUUUGUCGAAGAAUUUCAGGUUGAGGUGGAGUUUGAAUGUGUCCGAGGAUUCUCUUGAAAUUGGGUUGGAGGCCGCGACUGGGAUCACCAAUUACAUGGCUUUUGGGUGGGCUAAUUCCAGUGCUCAAGAUUCUGAUCUCAUGAUUGGUGCUGAUGUUGUCGUUGCAGGGUUUAAGGAAGAUGGUAUGCCCUUUGUGGAUGAUUUUUUCAUUACUAAGUAUAGUGAGUGUGUGAGAAAUAGUGAUGGAGUUGCUCAAGGGGUAUGUCCUGAUUCCUUUUAUGAAGGCCCUGAUGGGGUGGGUUUAGUCAACAAUUCAAUGUUGGUUUAUGGCCAUAGGAAGGAUGGGGUGACCUUUGUCAGAUACCGCAGGCAUUUGACUAAGGUCGAUGGAAAGUAUGAUCAUCCCGUGAACCAUUCAGCGAAUAUGAAGGUUAUUUGGGCUUUGGGGCGUAUCAAGCCUCCUGAUUCUAUUAAUCCUUACUAUCUUCCUCAGAAUCAUGGGGCCGUGAAUUAUGGCCAUUUGGUUUUGAAUGUCUCGGAGCAUGUGAAUGAGUGUACAGGUCCCUUGGAUGCUGAAGACAAAGAAGAUCAAGGUCUCAUCACUGCAGAUGCAAAUGUUCCCUUGGUGGUUUCUUCUGCUCCGGCAAUGCAUUACCCCAACCCUCCAAAUCCUGAAAAGGUUCUUUAUAUCAACAAAAAGGAAGCUCCUGUCUUGAGAGUGGAAAGAGGGGUGCCGGUCAAGUUUUCGAUCCAAGCCGGGCACGAUGUUGCACUUUAUAUUACUUCGGAUCCGCUUGGUGGAAAUGCUACCACGAGAAAUCUGACUGAGACUAUUUAUGCUGGAGGUCCAGAGGCCCACGGAGUUCAAGCCAGUCCUACAGAAUUAGUUUGGGCUCCUGACAGGAACACUCCUGAUCACGUCUACUAUCAUUCCUUGUUCGACCAGAAGAUGGGUUGGAAGGUCGAGGUGGUUGAUGGGGGUCUAUCGGACAUGUAUAAUAACAGUGUCAUUUUGGAUGAUCAACAGGUUACCUUCUUUUGGACAUUGUCAAAGGAUUCCAUAUCUAUUGCAGCUCGUGGCGAGAAAAAAAGUGGUUAUAUUGCCAUAGGGUUUGGAAGUGGAAUGGUGAACAGCUAUGUGUAUGUGGGUUGGAUUGAUGAUACUGGUGUGGGACAUGUAAACACUUAUUGGAUUGAUGGAAAGGAUGCUUCAAGCAUACACGGCACGCAGGAAAAUUUGACACAUGUGAGAUGCAAAACAGAAAAUGGCAUCAUUACUUUUGAGUUUACUCGUCCCUUGGACCCGUCUUGUAGGCGGGAAAAGAGGGUAGAAUGUAAAAAUAUCGUUGAUCCCACAACUCCUCUCAAAGUUGUUUGGGCAAUGGGUGCUAAAUGGACUGAUGAUCAUCUUACUGACAGGAAUAUGCAUUCUAGUACAAGUAAUAGGGCUAUUCUUGUACACCUGAUGCGUGGUUCAGCAGAGGCGGAGCAGGAUUUACUUCCUGUUUUGGCUGUGCAUGGAUUUAUGAUGUUUGUUGCAUGGGGUAUCCUGUUUCCUGGAGGGAUAUUGGCAGCCAGGUACUUAAAACAUCUCAAGGGCGAUGGAUGGUACCGGAUUCAUGUUUACUUGCAAUACUCAGGGUUAGUAAUUGUUCUGCUUGCCCUUCUUUUUGCUGUGGCUGAGCUUAGGGGAUUUUAUUUCAGCUCAACUCAUGUUAAAUUUGGAUUUGCUACUAUAUUGUUGGCUUGCAUACAGCCAGCAAAUGCUUUCCUAAGGCCUCCAAAACCAGCCAAUGGGGAGCAGGCAUCCUCCAAGAGGGUUAUUUGGGAGUGUUUUCACACAAUUGUUGGUAGAUGUGCCAUUGUUGUUGGCAUUGCUGCACUUUUUACUGGGAUGAAGCAUCUAGGAGACAGAUACGAUGUGGAAAAUGUCCAUGGACUCAGAUGGGCUAUGGCAAUUUGGUUUUUAAUUGGUGCAUUGAUUGUUAUUUAUUUGGAAUACCAUGAAAGGCAGCGAAUAGGGCGGCAGAUAUCUGGAAGAGGCAAUUGGGUGCUUGGUAAUCUUGAGGAAGAUGAUUCAGUUGAUCUCUUGAGGUCAACCAGAACAACUGCAGAUAAAGAGUUGCAACACUCUGCGAGAAUGGAAGUCCAGUUAGAACCUUUGAACAGAUAAAUUUGCAUUCAUUAAGUUCUAAUAGAUAGUUGCCGUUCUGGUCAAUUUUGCAUUUAAUCAUUGAGCUGGCAUUCUUCUUUAUUUGUUAUGAGGCAUUUUCUGAGGUGAAAAGGGAGGCAGUUGCUUAUCAAUCUCUAUUUUCAACAUAUAUUGCUUUCUAAUUUCUAUGAAGAGUAGCUUUCCUGCAGCAUAUAUUUCCUAUAGUGAUACAUCUUCAACUGAGUAGGUUAUAUCAAUUCAUCACUCCAGCAGCUUCACUAUUUCUUUUACUACUUCAUCCCAAAAUAGAAGAAAUCAAACUUUACGAGGUGAAAGCUUUCUUGUUGAUCAAUGUAGGUUCUGUAUGGUUAGUUUUUAUAAGAGAUGAUUCGAGACAUGGAAUGCUAUCUGGCCAAAGGCAUUGUUGUAAAUUAUGAGAUGCAGAAAGUUAAUACAUAAUUUUUUCUUGACGAUAAUACUAUAUGGUUUUAGAUUAUCUGUGAUUGCAGGUUUCAUCUUUGGUUCUCUUAAUGUCUCCAUGAUCCUUCCUAGUAAUAUUAAUUUUAACUAUAAAAGUUAAAUACAAAUGACUUAAUAGUUUAGACACCUUUAUUGCUUGAAAAUGGUUGAAGUAUCAGUUGAAAUUAUUGCAAUCCCAGCAGUUACUAGAAGCAUCUUAUAUAAACUGGCAAUAUUUACAAUAAGCACGUGUGAAGAUUUAAGCAUUGUAUAGAACUUUAUUAUUGUAAUUUGAUGUGAUGGAAAUUAGAGGAAAUUUGGGAUCUUGCCUUUUGUUGUGAAUGAUAUUUUUCAGUUAAUCAAUUAAGCUUAGCAUUAUUGAGAAAGACAAAUUUUCUUACAAAUCACUAAAAGUUUGUUUUGUUGUAGAUUCCUAACCCACCUUGAAAUAUGUUCGAGGCUUAGAGUCGCGAGAGUUUGCCUUUGAAUUUUAAAUAAAUCUUGGAUAGAUUUAGUCUUUGCAAUUGUUACACCUUCUGCUCUUUAUUUUUCUGUUUUAGUUAGCUAUUGCAAUCCCAAUAAAAUCAAACAGCAGUUUAGAUUUUUUAGCAAGUUUCAAAUUGGUUGUAAGCCUGUAAAUAAGCAUUCUCAUUUAUGAAAUAUUUUAUUCUUUCUUCAAUUUUAAUCUCUCCUAGUUCCAGUAUUUUGGUUUUUUUCAAAUCUGAUAUUUAACUGGUAUAAAGAGCUGGCUUCCUUUGUGUUUGGGGGCAAAGAGGUUGAGUGCAAACACUAGUGAGGUUGAGAAAUUUAUUUUCAGGCAUCUGGGUGAAAAUAUGUCUACUUCUAGUAAUUCAUCUACAAUUCCAGUGUUUAAAGGUAAAACUAUCACAUUUGGAAUCGUGCAACCUGGAGGCUGAGGUUGCUGGCCGAGAACACAGUUUACAGACUACCAAGGAUUCCUAUGAUUUGAAGCUAGCACCAAGGGCCUAUUAUAGCAUAAUUGACUCUUACUUAAUCCAACUUGGAUUCAGGAGUGAAAAUCAAACAAGUCUAUAUUUGAUAUAAAUGAUUGUGGUUUGUAACUUGUAGUGUCACUUUAUGUUGAUGACAUGCUUGUGAUAGGAAGUAAUUUACCUUUGCUGGCCAAGUUCAAAAUGGAAAUGGAAGACAUAUAUGAGAUGUCUGAUCUUUGGCAUCAUGAAUUACUUUGUUGGAAUGAAAGUAUUCCAAUGUGGCUCAGUUAUAUUUAUUUCACAAAGAAAAUAUGUUGUUAUUUGUUAACAAUCUCAAGUGUAAGUUAGAAUCAUGCAAAGAAGUACCAACUUUGCUAGCACAAAGUUAGAAAAUUUCUAUGAAUGAUGGUGAGAAACUUAAAGAGCCCUCUGCAUAUAGAAGCUUGAUGGGUAGUUUACUGUACUUGACAAUGACUAGACUUGAUGUUUCCAACUAUUUUACUUUCAAGGUUCAUAAGUUCACCAAGCAAUGUUCUCAUCAUCUCAUGGGAGUAGCAAAAAGGGUGCUGAAAUAUGUCAAAGGUACAACAAAUUUUUGCAUCUAGUAUUUAAAGAUAGGAAUUGUUAAGCUAAAUGUCUGUGUUGGCAGUGAGUGGGCAGGAAGUGUAGAUGGCAUGAAGACCAAAUUCAAGCUAUGCAGUUACAAUUGGUUCAUGUAUUGUGUUUUUUACCAGUUUAUUUUCAUGUAUUAUUUUAUAGAAUGCAAAAAUUGCAUGUAGUGGCACAAUCAAUUGCUAAAUUAGAGUAUGUCCCACUAGCAACUAUUGUUGUUAAACUCUAGAGUUAAUUCAUAGACUUUUGCAAAUUUAUUGUAAAUGAUAACUGAUCAUAUGUACAGGUUAAAUUUAUUGUAAAUGAUAACUGUUGUUGUCCCACUAGCAACUAUUGUUGUUAAACUCUAGAGUUAAUGACUUUUAACGAAUUCUCUCAAUUCAACUUAAAUCAGUCAAAAUAUAAUGUGACAAUUAGAUAUAGAGUGAGUGAAAGAAAAAAAGGUUAAUAGAAAUAGGUAACAAAUAAGUCCAAUCAAAUGCAAUUGCAUACUUGGUUGUUGUUUCUUUUUUUUUCAAUUUUUGGCACAGGUUCGUAAAGGUCAAACAUACAUUUUUGGUUAAAAAAUGAAAGUGUCACUGUCGUGGUCAAACAUAGCAUGAAAAAGAUUUAUUUUAACAGACAAUGGUACAUUAGCACACAGUGCAUUGCACUGUACUGCACCCUCUAGACUCGUACUCAUAUCAUACACAACACAACAGCCUCUAGCACACAUUGCAAGUGCUUUUUGUCCUAAGAAGGAACAAUGAAAAACAAAGGGAAGCAGGUUCAGCUUAUGGAUUCUUCUCACUCUGAUUCACCCAAGAACCAGUCAGAGUCUAGGUGCCCUCCUUAUACCAAGAAACGUUUGAUUCCAGAUUCCACUGUCAUUUCUACCCGCCAUGCCUCUUUGAGAUCAGCAAAGAAGCUUAUUGAAACUAGAGGAACAUCUGUUGAUGUAGCUCAAAUGAAAAAAGCGAGUGAGGAUGAGAACCCGGUGGCUAAUCACUCAGUUCAAAUGGAAGAGCACAAUGCAUUUGAAGCCCAAUUUAUCCCUUUUGAGCAGGAACAUUUGGAAGAGGAUAUUGAAGCAUCUAACUCUGGGGAAAGUUCAGACAAGAACAAUGACAAGUCCAUUUCAAUGGUUGGACAUCCAUCCUUCUGCCUCAAUUUACUGAAUUUAUUAAUAUGGGGAACAAUGAGGUUAAUUUUGUUGGACAAAGAUCAUGGAUUGACAAGGUUGAAGGAUACUAAGUGAAGAAGCCAGAAUUCAUCCCCAUAUUAAGAAACAUUCUUAAUAAGCAUGGAGAUGUUUUUAAGAAUUCUAUGGUAUCAACAACGACACUCCGGUCAAUUUUCUUGGGGGUGAUAUGUGGCAUCAUUUUAGAACUGAAAGACAAGGUUCUCCAUAAAAUCACAGAAGAUGAGCUGCAUUACAUAAUUGCUUUUGUAAACGAGAUGAAAAGUAUGAAAGUGGACAUUGAGUGGCUUCUCCUGAGACUGGAAGAGAUACUUGAGGCAAGACAGAUUCUUGAACAAUCUUGCAUGACAAAAGAGGAAAAAUGAUAGGAACAAAGAGGUCAUUGAAUUUGUCGAGAAAGAAUUGGAAUGUUGUGAAGCAGAAAAGAAGUCACUGGAAGCAAAGAUCCAAUCGUUCCAAUCAUUAGUUGAUAGAAUUUGUAAUAGAGAGACAACUUGCAAGAAGAUACUUACUAGAGCACAGGAUGAGUCUGCCAGGAUAUCUCAACUUAUCACAAAGUGGCCUUUGUUAAUUGCUCUCUGGCGGAUGGCUUGAUUUAGUUUUGCCAUUUCUUCUCCUUCACUCUCCUUUUUCAACGUAGUGAUUUUGGGAUUGUUUAAUGAGUGAUCUUUUAUGAAUGUUCACAUCUAUGGAUAUAUUUAGCUCGUCAAAAUAUAUUUUAAUGUAAAUUUAGGUGACUUCCUGCAGUCA